UUGCCUUUCAUUUUGCAAAAGAGAUGGGCAAAAUUGUAACAAAAGAUUUGCAUUCACACCUACUCAAAUCAAGAAAAAAGCUGCAUUGAAAAAGAUAGGUAAAUACCCGUCUAUUUCUGGCGGAGCAGUGCUCUAACCAAACCGACACCUUUAAAAAUGCGUCGCCGUGCCGGUCUAGGUGCCAUUCAACAACAGCAGUUAGCUGCUGAGAAGUAUAAGGAUAAAUUUACAGAUUUGCAGGAAUCGCAGUUUGAGCAAAUGUCCAAACAGAUGGACGUAUUUCGUGCAAAGUUAGAAGAAUUUGCGGUGAAACAUAAGCAGGAUAUCCGCAAAAACUCGCAGUUUCGUAAACAAUUUCAAGAAAUGUGUGCGGCGAUCGGAGUUGAUCCCCUUGCUACAGGCAAGGGCUUCUGGAGUGUCCUCGGAAUAGGUGAUUUCUAUUACGAAUUGGGGGUACAAGUUGUUGAAGUGUGCUUGGCGUCAAAUCAUAAAACAGAAAACAUUGAAUAUGUUCAGCCACAGGAGGGAUAUAAUAUUUUAUUGCAAUGCGAUAUCAAAGGCUUAGUAAAUGGGGGAAAUGUUGAAGGAACCAAGAUUUACUGGUAUUUUAAGCAAUGCCGUGAAAAAACUGUGGACGGUGAUCGCCAUCACGAUUGGUUGCAGCUUCCGUGUGAGGAAAACUUCUGCAAAUCUGAUUUGUUACUCCGCAAUGUCACCGAAGAGUAUUCUGGCUUAUAUAAAUGCGCAGUAAUUCCGUUAGAGCCCAGAUCUGACAAAGUGCAUGCUCGACUUUUUCAACUCGAAGUAAGAAAUAAAAGCAUGGUGGUACCCAAAUUUAUUGAACCUCAUCCUUUGAAUAAAAGUGCAAGUACCGGCGAGCAGGCAGUAUUCCAUUGUCGUGUGCAAAGCGAAGAGCAUCCGACCAUAAAGUGGUUUCGCCGCUUGACUACAACCAAUUCCGUUGGUUUGGUGUAUACCGGCCGUAUUGGCAAAAGUGGAGUCAAUCCUAAGCCCAACUUCCAAACUAUCAAUUAUAAUGGUAACACCUAUGAAUUAUUAUACACGGCGCUUGAGAAAUAUAUUGGAGACGACAUUUACCUUAGCAAGUUGAUUUUGAACGGUGUGCGUCGGCAAGAUGAGGGCUUCUAUGCUUGUGCGGCAAUUAACUUCCAUGGGUAUAACAUAAGUGAAGCUUACCUGAAAGUUGAUAACAAGAAAAUUGUGGAAUAUUGGACGGAUUACAAUAACAAUGGAGCAGCUUAUACUGAUCGACGCGAAUUCUGGAUCCUCUUUCUUAUGCCAUUGGGGUUGGCUAUGUUUCCGCUAGUAGUCUGGCUCAGUUACUUGGCUUACAAGAGGCGUUUGGCACGCAGCGAAGCAAAAAAAAAAUCACCUACCUAUUCCGAUGAGCUCUCGGAAGGGGACCGUUGUGUGUUGAGGACGUAGAUUUAGUUAUAUAAGAGGGAGGCAAACUAACUGACCGAAAUGAGAGACAUUUUAAUCAAUUCAAGCCAGAACAAUAAUUGAACAAAAUGUACAUACAUAUUUAUUAGUAUUUUUACGAACUUUUGUAGCUGUUUCAUAGGUCCUACCCUGGAUAUGAUUUUACUAGGGGCCGAAAAUAACAGUUUUUUUCGAUGUUAUAAAAGUUCGGGGCAACAUAUCGUCGUAGAAGAAAGUUAUACUUUGAUCCCAGGGCCUCAAUCCCUUAUUCCUUUUAUUUUUCGAACGUUUUAGGAAUAAGUGAAAUAAUAACUGAAAAAUCCGGACUUUCAUAUUUUUUUAGUUCACAGUUAAACUUGGCCAACUAUUUUUUAAGGCCGAAAUAAAAGUCCUUGCUAGUAUAA